AGGCAAACGACAUUGAGUACAAGUUAUAAAACGACAAUGCCUACAACUGUUAUAACUACACCCAAGACAACUGACGAAUCCACACUCAUGACCACACCGCCGGCUACAUUAUUGACUACUGACCAAUCCACACUAGUGACCACACAGCCAACUACAUUAUCGACAACGCGACGGACAACCAAACCUACCACUACCGUAACGAUGCAGAGUACGUUAAGCACAAGUCAUAAAACAACAAUGCCCACAACUGUUCUGACUACGCAGAGGACAACCGACGAAUCCACACUAGUGACCACACCGCCAGCUACAGUAUCGACAACGCUAGGGACAACUCAAGGACCCACUUCGAGGCAAACGACAUUGAGUACAAGUUAUAAAACGACAAUGCCUACAACUGUUAUAACUACACACAAGACAACUGACGAAUCCACACUUAUGACCACACCGCCGGCUACAGUAUCGACAACGCUAGGGACAACUCAAGGACCCACUUCGAGGCAAACGACAUUGAGUACAAGUUAUAAAACGACAAUGCCUACAACUGUUAUAACUACACACAAGACAACUGACGAAUCCACACUUAUGACCACACCGCCAGCUACAGUAUCGACAACGCUAGGGACGACUCAAGGACCCACUUCGACACAGACUACAUUAAGUACGACUGAAAGAACGACAAAGCCCACGACCGUUCUGACAACACAAAGCACAACACAAAAAUCCACCCUAGUCACCUCACAGUCCAGUACAUUAUCGACAACGCGACGAACAACCCAAACACCUACAACGAGGCAAACGACAUUGACUACAAGUUAUAAAACGACAAUGCCUACAACUGUUAUAACUACACACAAGACAACUGACGAAUCCACACUUAUGACCACACCGCCAGCUACAGUAUCAACAACGCUAGGGACAACUCAAGGACCCACUUCGAGGCAAACGACAUUGAGUACAAGUUAUAAAACGACAAUGCCUACAACUCUUAUAACUACACACAAGACAACUGACGAAUCCACACUCAUGACCACACCGCCAGCUACAUUAUUGACAACUGACAAAUCCACACUAGUGACCACACAGUCAACUACAUUAUCGACAACGCGACGGACAACCAAACCUACCACUACCGUAACGAUGCAGACUACGUUUAGCACAAGUCAUAAAACAACAAUGCCCCCAACUGUUCUGACUACGCAGAGGACAACCGACGAAUCCACACUAGUGACCACACCGCCAACUACAGUAUCGACAACGCUAGGGACAACUCAAGGACCCACUUCGACACAGACUACAUUAAGUACAACUGAAAGAACGACAAAGCCCACAACCGUUCUGACAACACAAAGCACAACACAAAAAUCCACCCUAGUCACCACACAGUACAGUACAUUAUCGACAACGCGACGAACAACCCAAACACCUACAACGAGGCAAACGACAUUGAGUACAAGUUAUAAAACGACAAUGCCUACAACUCUUAUAACUACACACAAGACAACUGACGAAUCCACACUCAUGACCACACCGCCAGCUACAUUAUUGACAACCGACAAAUCCACACUAGUGACCACACAGCUAACUACAUUAUCGACAACGCGACGGACAACCAAACCUACCACUACCGUAACGAUGCAGACUACGUUAAGCACAAGUCAUAAAACAACAAUGCCCACAACUGUUCUGACUACGCAGAGGACAACCGACGAAUCCACACUAGUGACCACACCGCCAACUACAGUAUCGACAACGCUAGGGACAACUCAAGGACCCACUUCGACACAGACUACAUUAAGUACGACUGAAAGAACGACAAAGCCCACAACCGUUCUGACAACACAAAGCACAACACAUAAAUCGACCCUAGUCACCUCACAGUCCAGUACAUUAUCGACAACGCGACGAACAACCCAAACACCUACAACGAGGCAAACGACAUUGAGUACAAGUUAUAAAACGACAAUGCCUACAACUCUUAUAACUACACACAAGACAACUGACGAAUCCAUACCCAUGACCACACAGCCAACUACAUUUUUGACAACCGACAAUUCCACACUAGUGACCACACAGCCAAUUACAUUAUCGACAACGCUACGGACAACAAAACCUACCACUACGAUGCAGAGCACGUUAAGCACAAGUCAUAAAACAACAAUGCCCACAACUGUUCUGACUACGCAGAGGACAACUGACGAAUCCACACUAGUGACCACACCGCCAACUACAGUAUCGACAACGCUAGGGACAACUCAAGGACCCACUUCGACACAGACUACAUUAAGUACGACUGAAAGAACGACAAAUCCAACAACCGUUCUGACAACACAAAGCACAACACAAAAAUCGACCCUAGUCACCACACAGUCCAGUACAUUAUCGACAACGCCACGAACAACGCAACAUCCUACAAUGAUGACAAAAGUGCAGAGGACGACUGACAUUGAUUUUCCAGAUGUCUGUGAUCCUAACCCAUGUCAUAACGGGGGAACCUGCACUGAGAGGGGGAACAGCUACAACUGUAAAUGUUUGCCGGGAUAUGCAGGACGUAACUGCGAAAAAGAUAUCGAUUCUUGCUCAGCGAAGCCAUGUCACGCCCAGGCCACCUGCAAAGAUAAUCCCGCUCCUGCCCUUGAUGCGACUUGUACCUGCAGGCGUGGAUAUGCAGGGGAUGGUCUUCUCAAUGGAAAUGGAUGUUCAGACAUCGAUGGCUGCUCAGCAAAUCCAUGCGACGAAAACGCCACCUGUACAGAUAAUCCUGCUCCUGCCCUUGAUGCCACCUGCAGCUGCACAACUGGCUACACAGGAGAUGGUUACGGCAAUGGAACUGGAUGCUCAGACACCGAUGGCUGCUCACCAAAUCCAUGCGACAAAAACGCCACAUGUAUAGAUAAUCCCGCUCCUGCCCUUGAUGCCACCUGCAGCUGCAACACUGGAUAUACAGGAGAUGGUCUGGUUAGUGGAACUGGCUGUUCAGACAUCGAUGGCUGCUCAGCAAGUCCAUGCGACGAAAACGCCAUCUGUACAGAUAAUCCCGCUCCUGCCCUUGAUGCUAAUUGUAACUGCAGAACUGGAUAUACAGGAAAUGGUUUCGUCCAUGGAACUGGAUGUUCAGAUAUCGAUGCCUGUUUAGCAAAUCCAUGCGACAAAAACGCUACAUGCACAGAUAAUCCCGCUCCUGCCCUUGGUGCUAAUUGCACCUGCAACACUGGAUAUACAGGAGAUGGUCUCGUCAGUGGAACUGGAUGUUCAGACAUAGACGCCUGCCUGGAUGAUCCGUGUGACGCGGAGGCCACCUGUACAGAUAACCCAGCACCAGCCCUUAAUGCCACCUGUACCUGCACAACUGGCUACACAGGAGAUGGUUACGUUAAUGGAACUGAAUGUUCAGACGUCGAUGCCUGCUUGGCAAAUCCAUGUCACGUACAGGCUACCUGUACAGAUAAUCCUGCUCCUGCCCUUGACGCCACCUGUACCUGCAACACUGGAUAUACAGGAGAUGGUUACGUCAAUGGAACUGGAUGUUCAGACACCGAUGGCUGCUCACCAAAUCCAUGCGACAAAAACGCCACCUGUACAGAUAAUCCCGCUCCUGCCCUUGAUGCCACCUGCACCUGCAACACUGGCUACGCAGGAGAUGGUCUCGUCAGUGGAACUGGAUGUUCAGACAUCGAUGGCUGCUCACCAAAUCCAUGCGACGAAAACGCCAUCUGUACAGAUAAUCCCGCUCCUGCCCUUGAUGCUAAUUGUACCUGCAGAACUGGAUAUACAGGAGAUGGUUUCGUCAAUGGAACUGGAUGUUUAGAUAUCGAUGCCUGUUUAGCAAAUCCAUGCGACCAAAACGCCACCUGUACAGAUAAUCCCGCCCCUGCCCUUGAUGCCACCUGCAGCUGCAACACUGGAUAUACAGGAGAUGGUCUCGUCAGUGGAACUGGAUGUUCAGACAUAGACGCCUGCCUGGAUGAUCCGUGUGACGCGGAGGCCACCUGUACAGAUAACCCAGCACCAGCCCUUAAUGCCACCUGUACCUGCACAACUGGCUACACAGGAGAUGGUUACGUCAAUGGAACUGGAUGUUCAGACACCGAUGGCUGCUCAUCAAAUCCAUGCGACAAAAACGCCACAUGUACAGAUAAUCCCGCUCCUGCCCUUGAUGCCACCUGCAGCUGCAGCACUGGAUAUACAGGAGAUGGUCUCGUCAGUGGAACUGGAUGUUCAGAUAUCUGUGAUCCUAACCCAUGUGAAAACGGGGGAACCUGCACUAAAAGGGGGAACAGCUACAACUGUAAAUGUUCGCCGGGGUAUGCAGGACGUAAUUGCGAAAAAGACAUCGAUGCUUGCUCAGCGAAGCCAUGUCACGUCCAGGCCACCUGCAAAGAUAAGCCCGCUCCUGCUAUCGAUGCGACUUGUACCUGCAAGAGUGGAUAUUUAGGGGAUGGUCUUGUCAAUGGAACUGGGUGUUCAGAUAUAAAUGAGUGUGAGUCUAAUCCAUGUCAAAACGGUGGAACCUGCACUGACAUGGUAAACGGCUACGAUUGUAGAUGUACGCAGGAAUAUGGAGGGCCUAACUGCGACAUAGAGAAAGAACGCUGCAUGUCAACACCUGGGAGACCAAUGGCCAGGUGUCACGUUAACGGGUACUGCAACGGGCAGCGAUGCAUCUGUAAUGAUGGCUACAGAGGGAAUGGAACAUAUUGUUCAAAGGUGGUCACGCACCAUUUCCAAUGCAGGUUCCCGACCAUUGUAUUCAGAAUUGAUUUGCUAUCAAUUACGUCACCCUACUUCAUACGUGUGAGGAGGAUUGUGUUUAAACCGUUUGAUAUCGCCAUACGCGCACGGAGCCUGUACGUGAAGCAUGAUCACGACGAUGAUGGCCAUCAUGAUAAUUACGACCUUGGAGUGGAGACGAUGCGUGUACUACGAUUCCGUCCUGGAAGUGUAUUAACAGUUUACGAGGUGAACCUCACCGAGCACACUAUCCCUGAACUAGAGCUGCUUAUCAGAAAUCAAACGGCGGGCAACAUGAUCGGAAACCUCUCCAUUCAGAGUAACUAUACUGUCUUUGGAAAGGAAGCUGAAGUGCGCUGUCAUUGCGAACAUGAGGAGAAUACGAAGUGCGUUGAAAGGAACUCAAACUGGAUAUGUGAUUGUCUCGAGGGUUACAACAGAACGAAUGGCACGUGUAAAGAUAUCGACGAAUGUGCUCUGCGCUUGGAUGACUGCGGCGACGACUCCGUUUGCGUCAACACCAAGGGAUCCUACCUCUGCUUUUGUACGCCGAUUGUGAAUAUAUUUGGAGGAGGGAGAACUAUACAGAGGAGCGAUGACUUUCAGCUCAACAGUGUGAUCGAGUACUCGACGUCGAACUGCCAGGUCGGGAGUAUCAGGCGAAUCAGCUACAAUUGGACGUUACACAGCACAGAUAGGAUUAAACUGAGCGGCACAAGUCUCAAUCAGGCAGACAUAAAGGUACAGCAAAACCAACUGGCCAUCGGAAAAAUCACUUUCUACUUGACAGUACGGGUAGUCGCUGAGAAAAACAAUACUGAGGUAGUGCAUUCUUCUCUAUCAUCAACUACAAUCAACAUCAUCACCUCCCCACUUGUGGCCGGGAUUCUGGGCGGUUCCAGAAGGCAGAUUGACCACGGCAAUCUGACACUUGACGCUGCGACACUGUCCUUCGACCCUGACGAGAGGCUUGGUCCUUGUGACCUGACUUAUACCUGGAAUUGUACCGUACUUACCGUCAGGGGAGAGUACAGGUGCCCGGACAUUUCUGCCCCUGAAUGUGGUGAGGUUCGUAUUUUGGUAAACCGGGAGUUCUUUACGCGUGUCUUUAACUUCACCCUGACGGUGUCUGCGCCGAGAAGGACACCCGCCCAUGCAUCACAGGUUAUUGAAGUCGUCAGCGCAACAAGAAUCAAUCAAAUCCCAGGACCACAAAUAAUAUGUGAGGAGUUGCACGGCACAUGUGGACCCAUUAUAAACGUGGGCGAGCAGAUGAAGUUAGUGUCUGUUUGUGGAAACUGUGAUCAUCAGUCUGGAUCUUACGAGUACUGGUGGACACUUGUUGCCAGUCCGACUGAUUACCCGGAAUGGACAGACAGUGAUUAUGAUAACAAUCUCCUAAAUGAGCGGGAUCAGGACUACCUGGUGAUGAAGGCAAACAUCUUUGAUAAGCCAGGCGACUAUGUGAUGAGAGUCAACAUAACAGACGUCCAAACAGGCCUUACGGGUUACGCUGAGUACACAUUCAGAACUAACGGACCCCCUACCAAGGGGACAUGUAAUGUCAUGCCACCCAUCGGUACGGCCUCGGUAGACGACUUCAAGAUAUGCUGCGAAGGUUUUAAUGACCCUGACCAACCCUUAACCUACAAUUUUCUGUAUGAAACUGACAUCGACAUCGCAUCCGUGAAUACCACCUCCUCGUCGGUCUUUCAUCUGCUGUACACUGGACCGGAGAACUGCACAGUACCACUAAAGCUUCCACUGGGACUCCGAAGCCGGAACUAUUCCCUUCCUAUUCGGGUCCAAGUGUUGGAUAAGUUCGGUGGAUCUGUGAGUGUCGAGCCUGACCCGCCAACGGUGAAGCCGGCUGAGAUUUCGUCUAUCCAAAUGCUGACCAACAACACCACCACAGUCCAAGAUGUUCAGAAAACUACUGCGGUGAUCUCGAGCGCAGCUUCCGUGCUGAAUGAGCAGACGAUCAUUGCAGAAAAUACGACCCAGGAAAGGAUUAUGAUUCGGGAGACUUUAACGUCCAUCGUGCAGCAGGUGGAGGUCACCACCAUAGAACACGCUCAGCAGGUCCUCAGCACCUUGGAACACAUCACUGCAGUUCCCGAAGAACUCGAAAACAAUGCACAGGUAGACGCAUCGACCACGCUGCAGGAUAUAAGUGUCUGGGUGAAGGAAGAGUCAACCGAAAGCGGCACGGAAGAGCUGGAGGUCCUAUCAGCACAUAUGUUGACAGUCGCUGUGAAUGUCCUAAAUGCCUCCAACAUCAAGGCAAUAGAGACAAAGAAGAGGAACGUUAUCGAAAAUAUAACGACUGAGACAGACAAUUUGGAGAAGAACAAAAAUGCCACCACGCAAGUGCUGAAAACAAUCAACACAUUCGGGACCCUCCUGCUGUCAAGAAAAACCCGGGACGACAAACCAACGCUGCUUAAGUCCAAGGGGUUCGUCUUAAGUCUGGCCAACACCAGCUGUGACAAGCUGGCAGAGCGAAUCAUUCGAACAGAGGAGCAGAUUGGAGCCUUCUUUUACCUACCUGAAAAAGCCGCUCAGAAGAUAGGCUGCUUGAAUAAACUUAACGAAAGCGUUGGGUCGAAGACCUUCUGGACGCAGCAGAACCCACAUGGGUACUCACCAAACGCUGACGAUGUCAGGACGGGAGUGCAGGCGCUGUCCUUUGAGAGAAGGAACGGGGUGAGAGUCCGUGAACUGGAGGAUCUGCAGAACGACGCGAGGAUACAGCUGAUAACGACACGGACCGACCAGGAGAACGAUAUCACCAUCAGCGGCACCACCCAGCCGGAAAACAGUGGCAAUAUCACAGUUCACAACUUCAACAUCAGCAAGGCGAGGACGUCCCUCCACAUCAUACUGCAAACCCAGAAUGACAGCGCACCCUUGCGACUCUUCCUACAACGAGGAACCGACGCAUCGCCGGACAGGUAUACCUGGAACAUGUCACUGCCUUUUGCACCGACGUCGCCGGCGUGGUCCACGAGAUUAUCAGUCACCUCAGACCCGUACACUUGGUUUUUGUCCCAGGAGGAGCUGAACAUUACAGAGGAGGACACUUCCUGGUCGUUAGCCGCCCAACAUGUGCCCAUACUCAACGACACAGGAGGGAACCUCACCGCCAAGUACAACAUCACCAUCAUUUCCGCUAGGUGUCUCUUCUUCGACGAGAACGAACACCUCUGGGCCGACCGUGGUUGUAAGGUUGGACCACUCACAACAAGGGACCAUUUGCAUUGUCUGUGCAACCACCUCACCUCCUUUGGUUUCUUUGUGGCUCCGAAUGAACUGAACAUCAGAGCAGCCCUUCUGAAAAUCCCAGAGGACAUCACGACUAACUUCAUAGUGUGGGCCACAGUCGGCACUGCGUUCUUGCUGUACUUUGUACUGCUGUUCUGGGCAAGAGGCCGGGACCUUAGAGAGAAGAGAAAGCUACGAGGGCUACAAGGCAACAUUGCCCGAGCCACCAGCUAUCAUCAUCUACUGGAGUAUCAUCUGUGGGCAUCGGUCGUGCGACCUUCAUCACGCAGUAUCUUCACACGUGCGCAGAGAGUCUCAUGUUGUUUCUCCCUCCUGAUGUUGGUGAUGGUGACAAACAUCAUGUUCUUCCAGCAGGGCAGGGCAGACAAUUCUGUCAGCAUCGGAGGGGUGAACAUUCCAUUCAACAUCAGUUUACAAACGGUGAUAUUAGGGCUGACGUGCACCCUCAUCGCUUUCCCACCAAAUGUCGUCAUAGUCCUGAUCUUCCGGAAUCUUUCGGUGCGAAAAAAGCGAACUUCCCAACUGGACAAUAUAGUUCAACUGAGAGCUUAUCGAGAAUUUGGGGAAAUGUACAAUACACGAAGGAAAACACCCCUCUGUUUUGAUGCGAAGGGCUGCUCUUCCGACACUGUGAGCACGUCAUCGCGACUAGAGCAUGACGGGAGAGGGCCGGGCUACAUAGAUCACAAAACAGGAGUAACGCAGCAAGAUGUCACACAAGAGGACGGAUGUCUGCCCUGGUGGUUUCUGUUCAUAGCGUGGUUCCUCGUCUUUGCCAUCGUCCUCCUGUCGGCUCUCUUCACCCUGCUGUACGGCGUGCAGUACGGCAGGAGGAAAGCCGAGGCCUGGCUCUUCUCCUUCCUCGUGUCCUUCCUCACGGACAUACUCAUCGUGCAGCCCCUGAAGGUGGUCCUCAUCGUCAUUUUUGUGCGGCUCAUCUGUAAGAAUCGAACUCGGAGGUCAAAAUCUCAGCAUCGGAAUGCCUUGCUACAGUGGACGAAACUUCCGCGGGUUAAAUUGAAGGACAAACUAGGUAGUCGCCGUCUGGCAGACCAAAUCCGGGAACUGGAUGAAAGGUACUCCGCGGACCCUUCCAUCCCAAGUCUACCAACGACACCUUCGUCACUGAUAACCGACGACACCGACGAACUGGGAACCAUCGUCUCUAGCUCUGAAGACGGCGGCCCACCGUCUUACCUGCACCUUGCGGAGUCGCCAGACACCUCAAGUGACCCCUACCCGUCCGAAUAUGCUCAGUCAGAAGCCUGGGCACCUGUGGACGGCGGUGACGGAGUACAUCCCCUGCAUGAUGAAGAUGACCUGGACAGUACUGAUGAUGACAAUGAUUCGCGGACCAUGCCGUUUAGAGAAGUUUCGUUCAAACUGCCAUAGACUAUUAUUACUCUAAUAGUUACCAAUUGAUUAUACAGUGAAGUUAAGCACACGAUCGAGCGUUACCGUAUUUAAAUUUUACUAUUUUUCUAAACAAAAGUUUUUAUUGGAGUAGAACCGUCAAUUGUAUAUAGUACCAUAAAUUAACGAUUAAGAUGUAGAAAUUAAGAAAAUGAUAAUUAUACAUAAUCGAAAUAAAGCAGACUUAAUCAUGCGUAAAGUAAUAAGUUUUAUGAUUAUUGUGGCCUCCCGAUCAACAUUCGAUUAGUAUUUUAUUAUUGAUAUCCACAGAUACCAACAAGACGACGCUAGAAGAAAGUAGUACGUUAUAAAAAUAAAAAAGACAUAAAAAUUAAAACGCCAAUUCAAGACUGCAAUGGGGACUACGGUAGUUUUACUUAUUUUAGCAGCUCAUUAAUCGAUAUCGUUGCAAAUAGA